CCGAUCCAACAUCUCUUGCCUCAGGUGACGCUCUUUCCUGAUCUUCGUUAACCAGUCAGGACUCUUCUGUUUUGCCGGCGAAUAGUUUAAGUGGGGCGCAGCACCAUCUAUCACGUAAUUCGAACAAGUGCGGGAAAACGUAGAACAUAAUUUGGUAAUUCAUUGUGCGGUCAAAAAAGAAGAAGAGUUGAUGUCUAACCCUCGCAGAAAAAUCUGAAUAACUUUUUACUGUAAAUACAGAAAUACACUAAAUAAAUCCGAAAUGGUAUCCUUGUUCAAACUGACAUCGAAUUUGCGCAAAUUAGUACCCCAAGUAGCCCGACUGGACCUGCUGCGUGAAUCUAGUUACAAAGCGUCUCAUUUUCUGGAAGAUAUCGGAGAAAUUAAAACGCAGUACGAGGUAACCAACGACCCGGUCGAUUGGCAGUACGUGGUGAACGUGUUGCCAGUGACGGUGGUCCCGGAACCUGUAAAAAAAGACUUUUAUCCAUCAGGCUGGAAGCCGCCCCAUAACAAUCUCCACGACCGGCCUUACAUGGUUGAGAGGACAAAAAACCAUAUGAUCCCGGUUUAUUUAAAGGUUACGCGUGAAUGUAUUAGGCGACACACCAUUGUAAGGAGAAUAAAAGGUGAUAUUUGGUUACUUGAAAAAGAACUCAGGGAGUUUUUGAAAGAUCAAUCACCUAGGCCUCUUAGGUUACAAGUUAACGAAUUCUGCGGAUAUAUUCGAAUGAACGGCGAUUUCGUAAAUGCCAUUAAAUAUUUUUUGGAGCAAAAAGGCUAUUAACCUAGUUUUAGGCUGCGCAAUGUUUAAAAAAAUAAAAACCUUGUUUUAAAGAUGUAUAUACAUCAUUUUAUUAGUGUAGAU